GAGACAAAUGACACGUUUAAAGGAAGAGUCAGAGAGGGAAGUGAGACAGUCCUCUAAGCAGCGGCGUAGAGGAUCACGUCAAGGCCACUAUACAUACUGCAGCAGCAUGGCGGUGUUCCCGAUGGAGCGACACGUGUACUCCGGGAUGCUGGACAACGCCACAAGGUCCCUCAACGGACCCUUCCACCCCCUCGCCCUUCCACCCAAGUCCACCACAUUCUCCUGGCUGGAAAUCGUCGCGCAGCAUGAGUUCCUUCUCCUUCCAGCCCUGCAGAACAUGUCCCUGGCCUUGCUGGUGCUCCUCGUGCCGCAGGUCUCCACUGGCAACCCCAAGAAGCUGCUCUCACCUUUGAAGCGCCUGCUGGCUCGUGUUUUCUUCUUCCACUUGCUGUUUAACACGGUGAAAGCAAUAGUCGGGGUGGUGCUAAUGAUGGCGAUGCUGCCCAUGCUCUCCGUCAUGGUUUUCUUCUGGAUGACUUCCAUCCUUGUGAGGCUGUGCUACGCUAUUCUGUGGGGCCCCUGUGUCAAAAAGGCGGAGGGGCUGGACUGCGUGUGGGGGGUGGAGGAGAAGGAAAACAAACCAUUUAUUACCGUGUGCCUGCGCGUGCACGGCGUCACAGACCUACAAGCGGUGCAGCGAGCUAUCUUCACCAAGAUCGUGCAGGUGCGGGACGAUUCCGGAGAGUACAAGUACAAAAAGUUCCGCCAGCUGUUCUCGCAGCGGUUCGGUUACUACUGCUGGAGGGACGACAGCCACUUCGACAUCAACAACCACGUGCGGGAGUUAAAGCUGAGUAGCCUCCUCCCGUCAUUCGAAGACGCUGAGGGAGAACACGAGGCUGCGGCAGGGGAGGAGAGGCACAAGGACAACGAUGACGCCACGGACGAGAUGGUGCAACGCUAUGUGAGCGAGGAGCUGACGAAAGCGAUGCCGGAGGACAAGCCACAGUGGGAGGUGCUGCUGGUGGAUCGAGGUGAUGGCAGGUACAAUGUGCUGCUAAGGCUCCAUCACGCUAUCGGAGACGGUGUGACGCUCGUGAGAUUGUGUGUGGAGGCUUUGGUGGAUACGCCCCUCCCUCGUCCCCCUGUUGGAGCUCCCCCGCCUGGCCCCUUCGUCAGGGCUGUUAUGACGGUGUGGUCCCUGAUGAUGCUGCCUUUCGGUAUCCUGAAGGUGGCAGCAAACUUCGACCGUAACUGUCUUCAUGGUCUUCCUCUCUCAGGCUGCAAGUUGAUGACGUGGUCGAGGGGCAUGCCACUGAGUGUCCUCCGGCAGGUGAAGAACGAAGCCUCUACCACUGUUAACGACGUCCUUAUGACCUGCCUCUCCGCUGCCCUCGCGAAGCACUUUACCCGCAGAGGAAGUCAAAAAGUGACGGUGGUGGUGCCUGUCAGCUUCCACGACCCCCAUGAGCCUCUGACUCUCACCAACCUCUUCUCCAUCGCCACAGUCAAGCUCCCUGUAGGCAAGGCACUGCAGGCACCCCGCUCCAGACUCGCAGCUGUCAAGAAAGUACUCGAUGACACGAAGCGAGACCCAACGCUGGGGGCGGUGUACUGGGUAGUGAAGGCGACCAGCGAGAUCUUCCCCGCCCCUGUGGCCUCCUACCUCUUCAAUAGCCAGGGCAUCACCUUAUGUGCCAGCAAUGUGCCAGGCCCCCAGCAGGAGAUAACCAUAUGGGGAGACAAGGUGGAGGACUUGGUGUUCUGGGUGCCUAACAGAGGUCCCGUGGGCGUGGGUGUGUCAUUCUUCAGCUACAAGGGCAUGGUGAAGAUUGGUCUUAAUGUGGACCUGGCCCUCUUCCGCUCAAAGGAUGAGGCGAAGCUGCUGCUGGAAGACAUGGAGGAGGAACUCAAGCUACUGCACCGCCGCCUCCUCCCGCAGCAGGGUUAGACUUAGAAAACCCACCCCACCUUUCAAGACCCUCAACCUCACCAGGACCUUACUACAGAAAACAAAUCAACUCCACCGCAUAUAGCCUGAACACCUUGCCACCGCAUACCGCACCUUUGGGGCACAAGAGGAUGUGACAGACAGCCUGUAUGGCCCCAACAAACCCUUAAGAAGAAGAACAACCCACCCUACCCCAGUUAACCUGCACCAGUCAGCCUGCUCCUUCAGAUUCCCAAAACCACGGCCAUUACACAUACACGAUUAGUUUAGCCUGUAUCAAAUUCACCAAACUCAUCACCAUGGUACAUUUGGGGUAUAAUCUUAGUGUUUUCACGAUAAGUUUACGGAUAAUAUGAAAAAGAAAAUAAACUUUGUUCCAUACAA